AGACCGGCCGCACUCGGCUGCCGCAGCCAUGCCCAGCCGGUCGCACUGCUACGGUUGCAACCAGGAGGUGUGGCCAGUUCUUCUUCCAGACUUUGAAGCCUCGUGCCCGCAGUGUGGCAGCUCCUGCCUAGAAGAGCUCCCAGGGUCUGCGGUGUCCACGUCCACAGCGCCAGAGGCACCCGAGGUUCCCCGUGGGAGCCAAGAGCUUCGGGAUGCACCUUGGAGCGGACCUCCGAGUGGCGCUUGGGGCGUUGCGCUGCCGCAACCAGCGCCCGGGUCGAUGGCGCUCGACUUUGGCCCCAACGGGCCGUUUGGGCCGAUGGUGCCUGGGCCGGCGCUGACCCCUGUGUCUCCUGUCCCAGUGAGCAUGAGCGGCCCUGCCAUGGUGAGCCUAAUGCCCAUGCCGCCGAUACCUAUGCCGCCACCCAGCUUCAUGAGCAUCUACGGCCCAUCGGCGGGGCCGAUGGGACCCCACACGCCACAGCCGCCGGCGACUCUUCUGAUGGCCAAUUCCCGGAGUUCACGCUCACGCCGGCGGCAAGGCCCUAUUGGCGCACCGCCAGGCCAUCGUCACUUCGGUGUGAUUUGCGACGGCUGCCACGAGCGCGACUUCCAGGGGACCCGGUAUCGAUGCCUGAGCUGUCGGGACUAUGACCUUUGCGCGAACUGCCAUUCUCAGCGUGGCGAGCUGCACCCUGAGCACUCAUUCGAAGCGAUUAACACGCCGAGGCUGCCGCUUCCAGCGGCCAUUGCAGACUUGAUGUCCUCCUCUGUGGCGCGCACUGUUUAUGCGAUCCUCGAGGUAGGCUUUGAGGCCGAGGACCAAGAGAUGCACUCGGGUCUUGAUGACGGUAAAAUCUCCUGGUGGCUCGCCGACGACAGACGACUGGUGAGCGCUGAUGUGGUUGCGGCAGAGGAGCCCGACUGGUCCUGCCCAAUCUGUUCAGAUGGUUUAGAGGGGGAGAACAACGGCUGGCUGGUACGGAUCUGCAGAGGCGAUGAAGCAGACUCCAACGAGGCAUGCGGUGGGCGCCCAGGCGAGAUUUCCGGGUAAGGCUUUCAUUUGGGGAAGGCAGGGAACUUAGGCCAUAGCGUCAGGCAGAAAAAGCAGGUUAAGAUUGUAAGGGAUACAAAGUUGGACCAAAAAUGCAUCCAGGAACUUCCGGAAAUAGAGCAGACCUCAUUUACAAUGCUAAACCUGGAGAAGUAUCUCCUUAGUUGCAUAGGAUCAGCACAUGUCCGAACCAAAAGCACAUUUGUAUGUAGAAUUGAACAUCACAAGUUCUCAAGGUUUGCACGAGGCUCGUGGAGAGAUUUUGGAUUCUGAAACAGGAAUUGAAGGGAUGCAGAACCAAGAGAACUCAAUUCCAAAAAAGGCUCACUUAUAUACAUUGAGAAUGACCAAUAGACAUUUAGCAGAACUUCAAUGGAUUUAAGGUCACUCCAACAAGAAUCAAGCAGACAUAACCAGGAAUCAACCUGCUUCCAAUGUCGAGUGUGCAGUUUACUUCUGAUAAAUUCAACUUCUAUUCAAAGGCCAAAUGAAUCCUAUACAAUCUGCUUCAGCCCAACUUUUUUGGAAAGCAUUGUUAUGAGGCGGGGCAUGCAUCAGAACCUUAUUUUGACCAACGGCUCACUGUGAGAGUCUCAUUGAUCAUAAGGAAGUGGCAAC